AUGUCCCUCGCCAAAGAGGCUCACAUCGAUGCGUUUGCACUCAACAUGGCUUAUGGUGUGCAGACAAAUGAACAGUCUGUUGCAAAUGCCUUCACUAUGGCAGAAAACCUUGGUUUUCAUCUAUUUUUCUCUUUUGACUACGCCGGCAAUGGAGCUUGGCCAAAGGCACAGGUCAUCAGCAUGCUGCAGAAAUACGCCCCGAGCUCCGCUUAUUAUCGCCAUGAUGAAAAACCUUUCGUAUCUACAUUUGAAGGAACUGAGAACGCCGAUGAUUGGAUUGCGAUCAAGAAUCAAACUCGCUGUUUCUUCGUCCCCGACUGGUCCUCCGUAGCAGCCAACUCUGCCCUUGAGCUCGCAGGAGGCGUCGUUGACGGCUUGUUCUCGUGGGCUGCCUGGCCAACAGAUACUCGACGGAUGACCACCUAUGUGGAUGCCGCAUAUCUCCAGUGCCUUGGGGAUGUUGGGAAGCCAUACAUGAUGCCGGCUUCUCCGUGGUUUUAUACUAAUAUGCCUGGCUACGACAAGAACUUCGUAUGUCACGGAGACGACUUGUGGUAUGAUCGAUGGGUGGAGGUUGGCUUCCUCAACCCCGAGUGGGUUGAGAUAAUUUCUUGGAACGAUUACGGCGAGUCGCAUUAUAUCGGACCACUUAACGAAAAGGGCUAUGGAGUAUUCACCGCGGGGAAGGCACCAUACAACUACGCCCGAGGGAUGCCGCACGAUGGCUGGAGACUACAGCUUCCAUAUGUUAUUGAUCUGUACAAGAAAGGAACAGCCUCCGUGACAGAAGAAAGCCUCGUUGUUUGGUAUCGGACACAACCCCGGAUCUCUUGCGGUGGAGGAAAUACCACUGGCUUCACAGCUCAGCUCCAAGUCGAAGAGGAUGCUGAUACUCGAAUUGCGGACAAGUUGUUCUUUACGGCACUUCUAGCUUCAAAUGCUUCGGUCAAGGUGAGUAUCGGCGGCGACGCAAAAGACACAAAAUGGGAAUUUGAACCAGAUGGCGGUGUUGGCGUCUACCACGGUAGUUUUGACUAUGAUUCCAAGCACCUUGGGGAAACUACUGUCACUAUUCUACGUAAUGGAAAAGAGACUGUAUCCGUCAAAGGCCGAUCUCUGACCAAGGAAUGCACUGGCGACCUCGCCAAUCUAAAUGCAUGGGUAGGAAGCUCAACAUCAGGAAGCACCAUAGACUCAGUCUCGCCAGAGUUGUUAUUAUCCGAGCAAACCUGCAUCGAGGGGGCUGGAUCAUCAAACUUCACAGAGCUAUGUGAAUUCACCUGCAAAUACGGCUAUUGUCCACUUGGCACAUGCUACUGCACUGCCAUGGGUGCUCCCAAAGGAAAACCGAAGACCACCAAAGACAAAGGCUACCCGAAGAACGGGGAUGACAGUUACGAAGGACUGUGCUCUUUUGCAUGCUAUUAUGGAUUUUGUCCGAAGAAACUUUGCUCGGAAACCAAGGUCUCAACCACAACAAGCCAUCCGGCUCCCACUGCCUGCGGCAAAGGCCACUGCACACAUACCGAUACCAACGACGGAUUACAACGACCUCUUCCUUCCUUUGACGCGCUCUUUGGGCUAUAUCUCCUUAUAUUCUCUAUUCUGGUUUUCAAUACGUAUCAAGGGGAUUGA